CUAGGAAACCACACUACGACAUAUGGGGCAAUACUGUCAAUGUGGCGUCUCGAAUGGAAAGCACCGGAAAGGCUGGCUGCAUACAGGUGACCGAAGAAACAUGUGAGAUCCUGCAAAAGUUUGGCUACUAUUUCGAACAACGCGGUCUGGUGGCUGUAAAGGGCAAAGGGCAGCUGAUGACUUACUACCUACAAGGCAAACAUGACGAACCCCCUCCGCAAACAGAAUGUCCAACGAUUGAUGAAACAACGGAGGCAAAUGCCAGCGACGCGCUGCUGGCCAACGGAAACGCGUCCGCGGCGCCGCAGGCUCUUGACGAGGGAGAUGUCCAGAGACCGUUACUGCCUUAAAUUUAAACACAACCUAUAGGCAUGACCCCCAAAUACCCAAACGAUACUUAAUUUUAUAUACUCUCAAUACACAUCAUAAUAACACGAGUCAUAUUAAGUGUUACAUUAAAUAAUGUUGCAUUAUUCGGACAUUACUACUGAAUAUACUGAAACACUACACAACUAUAAAAGUUUUCUUUUAAUAAACUAUGUUCAAGCACGUUAAUAAGUAAGUAACGUUUGAGUAUUCCAUUGCACAUUAUUACAAUUGCACUUCCUCACUGGUUAUAGGCGCAAACCAAAACCUAAUUGUAUCUAUGACUACAAAACUUAAUUAAUGAUGUAAUUAUUUGUCUGAUAACAAUUGGUAAUAAUUGAUUUUGAAUUCCAAAUAUAUUGUAUUGAAAAAGUAUUAAAUGACAACAAAAUGUUUGGAACAGGCUUCACUUAAUACUAAGCAAAAUACAUAUACUACUCAGAGUUACUUACAACUUAAUACAGACUAUAUACCCUUAAUCCCCUUCCCUCUCCUUAUACGCUUAUGAAUCACGCAAACGAAGCGCAAUGUAUAUUUAAAGAAAACAAUCCAAUAAAAUUGGCUUUUCUUGUGUAUGGAAUAACAUACGACUUAUUUUUAGAGAGUAAACAUAAGAAGAAAGCAUAAUAUUAUCAUGUGAAAAAUACAUUCAAACAAAAUAUAUCAUAAGAAAAACAUAAAACUAUUUGCAUAAAUUUCAACUUUGAAGUACAUUGGCUUUACUUCUUCUGUUCUAUACUUUCUUCUAUUGUACACAAAUAAAUACCUACACAUCAAAUAAU